CUCCGCAAGUGUCGAGUGCAGCUAGAACUACUGCUAUCGCCAUCAACCUGCAGCGUCAACACAACAAGGCCCAUUCCCUGCCUGAUAGCGGCCUGAUAGAGGUAUAGUUUCGUGACGAGCAGAGUAUCUAGCGCAUCAUGUCCACUUCACCGGCCAAAGAGGCGGCAGCAACAUUCCCGACGACACCAGUGGCACCACCAAAGAAGGCGCCAGCUGACCCGAAUGUCGAAACGCUACAGGCGGCCUUCCCAGAUAUUGAUGCAGCUGUCAUCAGUGCAGUGCUUAUGGCGUCAGGGCAGAAUCUCGAGCGCAGUUUCGACGCGUUGCUAGGGAUGUCUGACCCGAAUCACAAGCCAGACAUGCCUGCGCCUGCACCGACAUUGUCUGCUGAGCAGCAGCAACAGAUUGAAGCAGAUGAAGAGCUGGCGCGUCAGAUUGGUAUUGAGGAUCGCGCCUACAGGAAGUUCGCCAAGACGCAGCGGCAGCGACAGCAGGGCGAGGCGAACGCGAACCAUGAGCCAGAGCGUAGUUUCCUAGAUGAUGAGCUGCCAGUCAUCAAGGAGACCAUCAUCCAGGGCUUCAAUGAGACAAAGACAAAGGUGUCUGGUUUCCUGGCGAAUUUGAAGGAGCAGUACGCGACGCAGUUCCAAGAGGCGCCGCCAUCCACGAGUGCAGCACCGCGCGCUUCCUUCGAUAGGCAAAGCAGGGGCGAGCCUGAUCGUCCGCGUGCCAGCAUGGCCUACGAAGCGGAUCCAGAUGCAGUGGCUGUUUUGGAUGAAGACUUCAAUGAGCUCGAACUACACGACGCUACCACAGUCAAGCCAUCGAAGCCAACAAAGCCCACCUCAGCCAAUAGUCAGGAGGCUGCGAAGGCACGAGCACAAUCGGCGAGCAAGUGGGAGAAGAUUGAGCCGCAAAAGAAGGCGACACCAGCGCCCUUGUCAGAUCGCGACAACUUUGACAUUGGUGAUGAAUAGACAUUGCUGAACGCUUCCUACAGAAAAUACACGUUUGACGAAAUGACACUUCACACGCCAGAUCUAAAGACUUGCGCGCCUUGAUUGCGCAUCUGAAUGGUUUCCCGUCGCUCCAUGAUGUGCAGAGCGCGUGUGAGUGCCGAGACUGUGUAACCCUUGCCAUUGACAAAUUCUUUCAUGAGUGUUGCAUAGGAUGUGCUCCAUCCGAUCGGUAACCGGCGACGCAACUCUUCCUCAAUGCGAUUCACCUCAUCCACCAGCUCCUGUCGGGUCGUAGCGCCUUCGCCCACUGCUUGCAUAGUGGAUGCCCGGAAUAGACGAAUCGCCUCAUCCACAUGGCUCUCA